AUAAAAUGAUGCAAACAAAUAGAAGGAAGGCGAGGAUGGAAGGCAAGUAACUGUAGGAUUAAGAGAACUGAUAGACGUUUUUCUGACCAUUUUGAAGGUAAAUGAUACCUGAAAAGAUAUCAAACGCCACUUGUAAAACUUACAAAACAUUUUAUGGACAUUUGAUUUCAGCUGAUUAUCUUAAUAACUACUACAAAGUGAAACGCAACAUAUUCGGCUCCCUCCAGACGACAUUUUGUGCUGUGUAAUAAUCAAGGUAAUUCAUGGUAGAAUCGAGCCGUUUUCAUCAGUAAGCAGAAGAUAUCAUCUCGUUAACUGGCGAGAAAUCGAAAUGGCUGCAGCUGACGUAGAAGAGAACGUCGCCCUGAAAAAACCAAAGUUUAGUUUGCGAAAGAUGUUCACUAGAUCGAAGAAAUCACACGCAAGCCCCGAUGACGACGGAGCGUCUUGUUCGAUUCCGCGAGAGCAACAGGAGGAGACGCUCACGUGCAAUGUAUGCUUUGUCCAAAGGCCGGUCGGAGUCUUCCCUAUUCUUCUCACAUGCGAGCACAGAACGUGCGUAGAAUGUCUUAGGCAAUACCUCACAUUGGCAAUAAAGGAAUGGCGAGUUAUGGUCAGUUGUCCGGAAUGUUCAGAAGUAUUUCAUCCGUCCGAUAUUAAAGAUAUUUUGAAUGACGAUCACCUAUUUGGCAAAUAUGAGGAAUUCACCUUACGAAGGGCCCUUGUUUCUAUACCAGAUAUUAGAUGGUGCCCGGCCCCAGAUUGUGUGUACGCAGUUAUUGCAUCCGGAUGUGCUAGUUGUCCGCAGUUGAAAUGCAACCGACCUGGUUGUAAGACUGAGUUUUGCUAUCAUUGUCGACAAGUAUGGCAUCCCAAUACCACUUGUGACUCAGCCCGCACGCGAAACAACUUUGAAAUAGGCUCAUUGUCGUCAAGUGAGCGACGAGCUUCGUCUAGUGAGGAUAUGAAACCAUGUCCAAGGUGCGGUGCUUUGUUCAUAAAAAUGGACGAUGGCUCCUGCAAUCAUAUGACAUGUUCUGUCUGUGGUUCCGAAUUCUGUUGGCUUUGUAUGAAAGAAAUAUCCGAUCUUCAUUACCUCAGCCCAUCUGGCUGUACAUUUUGGGGGAAAAAGCCGUGGAGUCGAAAGAAGAAAGUUCUUUGGCAAAUGGGGACGUUAAUUGGAGCACCAGUUGGUAUUGCAUUGGCAGCAGGCGUAGUUCUUCCUGCAAUGAUGAUCGGAAUACCAAUUUAUGUUGGUGGUCGGAUACGCGAUCGCUUCUCAUUCCCACGCCAGUCUGUCCAUAAACGAAACAUGGCAAUCGUUGGUGGCGUUGCUUUGUCUGUUAUCAUUUCUCCGUUUCUGGCGGCUUUGACGGUUGGUGUCGGUGUACCAAUAGCUCUUGGCUAUGUCUAUGGUGUUGUGCCGGUGUCGCUAUGCAGAAGUGGGGGAUGCACCGCGGUAAAGCGGUCAAGAAACGGAAAUGGCGUCAAUUUUGAAUUCGAUGAAAGAGACGAUGGGACGGUGUCUUUUAGUGAUAAGAAUAGUCCUGCAAGAAGAAACAGUCACUCGAGUAGCAUGUUAGACAAUGCCAGUCUCACAACGCAAGGCGGCAAUGUUUUGACCGUUAAGGCAACUGUAAAUAAAGAGCCGCAGCCAAGCAUAACUGGCAUGAGCCAAGAUAGCAACAGUCUAGAUAGCCGUUCUCUCAUAUCACAUUACAGAACAGGUGAUGGUGACGUCGACAGCCAUGCAUCGAUGAUUCCACAACCUCGCAGCACCACUGUAAGCAUUACGAGUAGCUUAGAGAAUGUGCAUAGCAACUCAAGUGGUGCUGUUAAUUUAUGUUCUGGGCUGCCUGAGGUUAGCUGUGAACGCGAUGAGCCAGUACUGAGCAAAGAAGAUGUGGCUUCCACUACUAGUCAAACUAGUCCAGCCUCUGUAGGGUUUCAUGUGUUCAAAGAGGAAUGUGUCAUACACCACAACGAUAAACUCAGCCGAAAUGGGGAAUCUAUGAUAUCCGAGGAAAGUAUUUAGAACUAUUCAAUUGUAGUAAUGUUGCUUAAAUUAUUUGAUCAAUUUCUUGUAAAUUGUUGUAGAUUAUUGAUUGAUUAGUACUGAGGUUUAUAACUUCAGAAUAGUGAUGACGUAAGCAUUAUAUUUGAUCACUAACACUAAAAGGUUAGCGCCAUCAGUGAUUGAGUCUCUCUGAUCGUGCUGACUUUUCGCUCUGGACUUAAAAUAUUUCAAUUUUAGUAUGACUAGGUGUUGCCAUUAUGACAGUUCGUGCCAGCAGUUUAUGCGCGAAGACAAAUGAGCUGUUUUGGCAUCAAAAUAUUCCAAAUGACUGCUUCACUCUUUCCAUUUGAUAUGUUUUUCGUUGUUUCGGUCAAUGGUCUAAAUGCUCUGGACAGCAAAGACUGGAGACUAGAGAUUUUAACAACAAGCUAAAUGCUCAACCAAGGCAGCCCUUGAAAUUUAUACCAUCAACCACAAGAUGUUGGCUAAGAAGACUUUCUUAAAAUCAAACACUUUUAGGUUUUCAAGAUUCUUGUCACCAAAGUCCAACUUAAACCGACCAGUUAUUGUCACGGAGUUGGAGUACGGCUUUUUCAUGCCACUAUCCAUGCCCUGUGAUUACUUAAUGCCCUUGUACCCAAAAAUUUCGAGAUGUCGUCAUAUAUAACCAAAGUUGUUGCUGUUCCCGUAAUUGCAUAAAAAACCCCAAGCUGAUGACCAUAUUCAAUGCUUGUGUAACUGUUGUUUCCUUUCCCUGGUAUGACAAUCCGAGUUCUUUGUCAAGUCAGUCUUGUACGUUUCAUGUUUGUACAGGUUACAUACGGCUUCUAGACGUAGCGUAGUGUGACGAUAGCAAGGCUAAUGACGUGUCAGACAAUCUGAGCAUUUUGUUACAAUAAUGUUAGAGGCACUGUCUUCCAUAUGAUGAACAUUGCCUCUCAAUUCUCCUUGGAACUCACAAUAACUUGAGUCUUGUUUCUAUACUGAAGCAUCCUUCUUCUAAUUAAAACCACUUCUGCCCCCCCCCGCCGUAUAGAGAUAUAACUUGAAUAAGCCCAUGCGUUAUAACCCAACAUUACACAACUGAACGGAAGGAAGUGGCGAGUUACAUUCGGCCUUAAAACUGACGCUAUUCUACCAAGUCCUUUGUUAGUGUUUGUAGGUUUGUAGGUGCGUGCUAUUCGCAUUCUGUAUCGUGUUAAUGAAUAGCUUAAUUAGGCCUUUAUAUUUAAAGAACGUUUUAACUACUUAACUCGUGAGGCAUUGUCGUUACGAUUGAAGACUAUUUCUCACUAUAUCCUGGUGUAUUGUGAAGUUAAAGUUCCUAUGACCAUGAACCAAUUUCCUCUAUAAAAUACAUUUCAAAUGUCGUAGAUGCAAACUAGCUUUCUGAAAAGCGGUGUCUGUAUUUUUUGGCAAAUAUUGUGUAGCCAACUGAAAUAUAAUUCUCCUACAGUCAAAGCCUUAACAUUUGCUAGACAUACAUGUGGAUGACUUAUUGCAACAUCCAAUUUUAAUAGUGCUUUCAUAUACAGACACCGGAUAUACUUUGCAAGAGGUUGGAAGUCCCCUAUUUCAGUAAAAAAACAGUUGUAAAAAUCUAUCAUCAGCAAAAGCUGGUAAUUCUUUCUAAUUGCGUCAGAAAAUGCAAAUUCAUUUGAAUCCCUUCCAAUUCCAGCUAUGUUUUAUGUACACGAAGUUAUGACAGUAUUGUGUCUAUUAAAAAUCUAUGUUUUUGUCGGGAAUUCCUUUAGCUGUAAAUAUUGCGUUUCAUGCACUUGUAGAAAUUAAUUCUGCCACCUUAAUGUAUCUACGACUUUAAAAUAAAUAGCUACAAGUUUA